AUGGCUUCAUACUACCACUACAAUACGCAGGCGGUUCACGGCGCGCCCAUGUCGCACAACCACGGCGGCCACCGCAAUCGCAGAGCCCCUCGCUUGUCCGUUUCACAGAACGCUCAGAGGCAGUUCCGAGGCGCUCGCAGCAUGAAGGAUCUGAACGAGUCUGCUGCCCUCUCUGCCUUUCGUAUGAAGUUCGAAGCUGGCCGCUCCUUCGAGCUCGAGGAUGAUCUCGAGUUUUGCCCCAACCUCCUGACCGAGACUGAUCUGGUCUCCAUUUCGAGUGCUUCUGAGCGAUCGUCGCUGGCCAGCAAUUCUCCCGAAUCUUCACCAACGCAACAGCCGCAAACCGUUGCGCCUGGCUUUUCUCUGAACUCGACAUCGGCUGCCUUCAUUCCUCCUAGCUUUCAGACUCAGCAUUCGAACCUUAAAAUACACCAGCCCUCGGCCACCCGCGGCCGCAACGCCAUCCCCAUCAUCAACCCAGCUACUGGUAUCACCAUGUCUAGCCCGUCCCCGUCAGUAUCGCCCGCCGCGAUGCAGCAGUCCCUUGGCCGACGGUGGUAG